GAAUACGUUGUGCUAUCAGCUCCGAACGCUUUAAUCGCUGUUUUUGGUGUUGUUUAUUUGGGGAAGAAUAGAUGUCAUAAACCGAGAGAGGGAAAACAUUACUGUUCUUUAAAAGAUAGGUUGACACUGCAGGUGUAUAUAUUUUUUUUGUUUCUCCGCCCUCCCCUGACAACUGAAGCAAGCUGUCAGUAUUCAUAUUUCUUCAGGUGACGCGUUGCUCCGUUCUCUUUUCUUACUUCUGUCAGUGAAAGUACUGAGUGUACCCGGAUCUAGGCGCAGGGCACAGCUUAAUGCGCAGCAUCCCGGAUGUCCCCGGUGUUCGGCUCCAACAUUAGGGCUUCUCGGUGAGCCAAGCGGACCAUCCGGGCCUGGAGUCCGAGGAAUCCAGCGACCAGACUGGUUUGGUUGGUUCUGCAUCAUCCGGACGGACGUGACACGACGGUGUUGUACGCUGUGGAACUGGAUAGCUCCCGGGUGGCUUCAGGAGGACGAUGACAGUGCUCUGUGUCUUGAUCCUGGGCUUGUUCUCGGGCUGGGCAGUGGGCUACAAGCAGGGGGACAAUGUGACUCUUUAUGUCAACAAAGUGGGCCCUUAUCAUAAUCCUCAGGAGACGUAUCACUACUACACUCUGCCCGUUUGCAGACCGGAUAAGGUGCACCACAAGUCCCUGAGUCUGGGCGAAGUGCUGGACGGUGACAGAAUGGCAGAGUCUUUAUACCACAUCCGCUUCCGGGAGAACGUGGAGAAAAAAACUCUCUGCAAGCUCACUCUGUCAGAAAAACAGGUGGACGAGCUUCGUGAGGCCAUCGAGGAGUUGUAUUACUUUGAAUUUGUCCUGGACGAUAUUCCAUUCUGGGGAUUUGUGGGGUACAUAGAGGAGAGCGGCUUCCUGCCUCACAGCCACAAGGUGGGUUUGUGGACUCAUCUAGACUUCAACAUCGAGUACAACAGCGACUCUGUGAUCUUCGCUAAUGUCUCAGUGAAGGACGUCAAGCCCUUUCCCUUGGAGGAGGGGGCAGGAGCCGCAGUGGGCAGAGUGGGUGGAGGCAGCCUGACAGUCACACACACCUACAGCGUCCGCUGGUACGAGUCCAAUCUGCCCUCUGCUCGUAGAGCCGAGCGCCUCAGAGACUACUCGUUCUUCCCAAAAACACUGGAGAUCCACUGGUUGUCCAUCAUCAACUCACUGGUGCUGGUGGUGCUGCUGCUGGGAUUCGUCAUCAUCAUCCUUAUGCGGGUUCUUAAGAAUGAUUUUGCCAGGUACAACGUGGAAGAGGAGGGCAGCUGUGAUGAUUUGGAUCAAGGGGAUAAUGGCUGGAAAAUCAUACAUACAGAUGUUUUUAGAUUUCCCCCCUUUAAAAGUCUGCUGUGUGCUGUUCUCGGAGUGGGAGCCCAGUUCCUAACUCUCGCCACAGCCAUCAUCGUCAUGGCGUUGCUGGGAAUGUUCAACAUACACCGGCACGGGGCCAUCAACUCGGCCGCCAUCGUCCUGUACGCUCUGACCAGCUGUGUGUCCGGCUACGUCUCCUGCAGCUUCUACACGCAGAUCAACGGGCAGCGCUGGGUGUGGAACAUCAUCCUGACUUCAGCUCUUUUCUCAGCUCCCCUUUUCCUCACUUGGAGCGUGGUGAACUCGGUUCACUGGUGGAGCGGCUCCACCCAGGCUCUGCCGGCCACCACCGUGCUCCUCCUGCUGGGUGCCUGGGUGCUGGUGGGCUUCCCCCUCACCGUCAUCGGCGGCAUCGUGGGAAAGAACCGAGCCGGCAGCUUUCAGGCCCCGUGUCGCACUCGUAACAUCGCCCGGCAGAUCCCCCCACAGCCCUGGUACAAACACACCUUUGUGCACAUGGCCAUUGGAGGCUUCCUACCUUUCAGUGCCAUCUCAGUGGAGCUCUACUACAUCUUUGCCACCGUUUGGGGCAGGGAACACUAUACCCUGUACGGCAUCCUGCUCUGCGUCUUCGCCAUCCUCCUCUCGGUGGGUGCCUGCAUCUCUGUAGCCCUGACCUACUUCCUCCUGUCGGGCGAGGACUACAGGUGGUGGUGGCGGAGCGUGCUGAGCACCGGCUCCACUGGCCUCUUCAUCUUCGUCUACUCCGUUUUCUACUACCGCAACCGCUCCUCCAUGAGCGGCAUGGUGCAAAGCUCAGAGUUCUUCGGAUACUCCCUGCUAACAGCGCUCGUGUUCUCACUGAUGCUGGGCAGCGUGUCGUUCUGGGCCUCUCUGGCAUUUAUUCGCUACAUCUACCGCAGCCUGAAGAUGGAUUAAACUCGAGACAGUCCAAACGGACUUCUUGAGCAAACACAGUGUCUUCUCUCAGUUCAUAACUCCUAUUGUGUUUAAUGGGAGAAGAAAUAGGGGCCUUGAACUUCCCAUGAGGGGUUAAUAAUGAAGUCCAGUAGCAGUUGGCUGAAUAAGGAAACUUGGUCCAGUGAUGGGCAGAUGAAGGGAAGUGUUGGGGUGUGGGAUUUAGGGAGAAAACAGGAUAUUUAACUUCAAAGGAAUGAUUGGUGUCAGCCAGCAUUACUAGUGAAACGUUUCGGAUGCAGAACGGUGCAUCUGGUACUUAUUACAUGGUGUAUCAACUAUGGGCUCCACCAAAAUCUCUUUUGCUAUUAAAAGGUAUAGUACAUUGAUAAUAUAUGGUAGUAGUAAUUAUGCAGCAGUGCAAGCGAUACUUGCAAAUGCUCCCACACCUGUUUAAAAAAGCCUAUCCAGAUAUGAGAAAUUUUAUUUUGCACCGAGUCUGAUGUUUUGGUCCUGAAAGUGGACAGACAAAACUAUGCCUUGUAGAUUUAAGAGCUUUUGCAAAAUGUUGGUGAGGAGAGCAAUAUUGUAAUUGUAUUAUAUGGUCACCAUCAACUGUGGUUCUGAUGUAAAUACUUUUUUCAAUAAAGUGCAUUUUAAUACAAAAGAGCAA